AUGCCUCCCGUCGAGCUCCCGGUGCUAGAUUAUGGCGACGUCGGGUCCGAUUCCGACUCCGAGCGCGCUUCAUCGGACUCUGAGACAGACAAAUCGUUCACGUCCCGUUCCAACGCGCUCGCGGAGGAUUCCGACCCAAAGCCGCGAGAGGAAACGAUCGUCGAUCCACUCGUCGCUUCGAGAAAGCUCGCGUUCGUCGAGCGAUGUUUCAUCGACGAUAGCGUCAAUACGUUCGUCGAUGAGAUUUCAAUGCUUCGAUCGUGCGCGGAGGCGGCGCUGAGCGAGCGAGAGUUCCGGGACGCCUGCGCCGAGCGCGCGCGCGGGACGACGAGCGGGACGCGGUGCGGAUGGCCGAUGUGUCGAUCGAACGCCUCGAACGCGUCGCCGAACGCGUCAGCGAGCAAGGUAUUCGACAUAGAUGGCACGGCGCGAACGGUGCGAGAGACGUCGUGGACGCGGUCAUUUUGUUCCAAGGCGUGCGUGCACGCGGCGGAGGCGUUUGGCAGGCGGCUCGCUCAGGGACGGGCGCUGAGCGCCGAGGAGGGCGCGGCGAGGGCAGGUGUCGGGUAUCUCGACGAGGCAAAGGUGAUGAAAUCGACGGUGAAGGAGCGCGAGGUCACGAGAUCGACGAGGGAAACGUUUGAGGCGCCGAAGACGCGCUCAGAGGCGAUGGCGAGCGCGGCGGCGGUGGACGGGUACGUCCCUCGAACGGCAAGGAAAGCGAUCGAGGAAGAGAAGAAUCGGGAGAAAAAGAUCGCCAAGACACAGGCACAAAAAAAUCUCUCCACGAUCGAUCGACCAACGUCGGUGACGUGGAACGAGACCGAGAUUCAGGCCAUCGAGCAGGAGGCUGCGGAGCGAAAGACGACCUCGGUGGACGAGCCCGCCGGGGUGUUUUAUUUCGACACCUACGCCGAGGGGCAGAAAAAAGCCGGUGAAAAAGGGUUCGUCCCGAGCAUUGGAGGGCGAUUUAGCGAGGGACAGCUGCGCACAGAACCGAGAACGGCGGCGGACGAGGCUACCAAGGCGAUGGAAAAAUUGCUCCUGGAGGCGGAUGCAAGCGUGGAAGACGCGCCUACGAGCGUCGCCGAGCCCGAGGACGUCGCCGAGGUCACGCGAAAGAUGCUCGCGUCCGCGCUCACAUCGAAACCGAUUCCAGGAUAUGCCGAUAGCGAUGAGGACGAGGACGAGGAUAUCGGGAUGAGCGGCACUUCCGAUUCGGAGGGAUCGGUGGACUUGUCAUCUUCCGCGCCACAGAUUUCACAGUUUGGCGUCACGUGGAUGGCUGUCGACAAUUUAGUCACGGACGCGACGUUCGCGCUCGUCGACGGCGACGGUGCCUUCGUGGAUAUCCUUCCACUUCGUAACAGAUACACCGUUUCCGUCAGCGAGGCGUGGAACGAAAGCUUGGCCAAGGUGGUUCCGUCUCUGUGCUUGACGCUUGACAUCAGCGGCGAAAAGCGAAGAAUCGAACAAAAUCUGACGACGCUCCUGCGAACGUUCGCGUUCGAAAGACCGGUUCCGGAGUUCAGUCGCGCGCGUUGGAUGAUGAUGGCGCUAUUAUUCAUCGAAAUGUUGAUCGACGCAGACCUUUUGAGCAAAGAGAUGCUCGGCAAAGCAGUUGCUGAGGGAGCAAAAAUGAUCUUUGCAGACGCUGAGGCAACAAAAGAGGAAGUGACUUUGCUUCGUCAGCGUCUUCGUGGCGAGGGCGUUCGAGAUUAG